GCACCGUUUUUGGACGAUGCUUUUGUUGCAUGGGUCAAUUCAUUGCCAAUGCAUCUCAAAUGCGAUUUGUCGCUACCCAGAGGAGAGGGUGAAAAGCGAAUAGUGAGACAGGUUCUCGCUCAACUCGGAGCUCCACACACUGCUCCUAAACAGGCUAUGCAAUUUGGAUCUGGUUUUGUAAAAAUGCAGAACGAUAAAAAACUAAAGGGAAACGAUCUCUCAUCAGCAUUAAUGAGGUCUCAUGCUCAAGAUCAUUCACAAAGAUGCGAUAUCUAA